AUGGACACAGAAGAGCAAGCCAAUGCCAAAGUGAAGGUGGCGGAAGCCGAAUUGGGCGUGGCCAAGGCCAAAGUGAAGGUGGCCAAAGCCAAACUGGGCGUGGCUGAAGCCAAUGUGGAAGCGGCUACAAAUGAUAAAGACCGAGCCCGAACCGAAUCAAGUGUGGCCAAAGCCGAAGUCAACGUGGCCAAAGCCGAAGUCAACGUGGCCAAAGCCGAAGUCAACGUGGCCAAAGCCAAUCUGGGCGUGGCUGAAGCCAAAGUGGAAGCGGCUACAAAUGAUAGAGACCGAGCCCGAGCCGAAUCAAGUGUGGCCAAAGCCGAAGUCAACGUGGCCAAAGCCGAAGUCAACGUGGCCAAAGCCGAAGUCAACGUGGCCAAAGCCGAAGUCAACGUGGCCAAAGCCGAAGUCAACGUGGCCAAAGCCAAUCUGGGCGUGGCUGAAGCCAAAGUGGAAGCGGCUACAAAUGAUAGAGACCGAGCCCGAGCCGAAUCAAGUGUGGCCAAUGCCAAAUUGAAGGUGGCCGAAGCCGAAGUGAACGUGGCCAAAGCCAAUCUGGGCGUGGCUGAAGCCAAUGUGGCCGAAGCCAGACUGGGCGUGGCUGAAGCCAAAGUGGAAGCGGCUACAAAUGAGAAAGACCAAGCCCGAGCCGAAUCAAGUGUGGCCAAUGCCAGAGUGAACGUGGCCGAAGCGAAAGUGAACUUGGCCAUCUUGUCGUCUCCCGCAGAGCUGAGCGAUGUCUCAAAAUCUCACUUCGACAUCUUGAACAACGAAGUGGCCCAUGCUUGCCAGGCGCGUGAUAAAGCUGCAAGCAAGAUGAACUCUCCCAUGGCGGCUGCAGUGAGCCCUCGCCCCCAGCAAUCCUCUGGCGUGUUGACGGCGCCAGCAAGUGCGGCCGCAUCCGCGGCUUCACGCGACGGGUAUCUAGACUACUACAAUCAAGUGACCCGGCAGGGUCGAUACAAAACAGCCGAUGAGACAAAGGCGAGCCCAUUCUGUUCGAGGAUCACGUCGGAGCAGACAAUCAUGGCCAAAAGCAUUCCAAAGGGCCAGCGCAGUUCGGAAGAUGCUCUCCAAAACGCCUGGGUGGAUUUUCUCAAGGAGCAGGGAGAGAAUAUCCCAUGUCACGUUUUUCGCAACAUUGCCUGCAUUUUGGAGCUCAAGCGCAGCACGAAGAAGUUUGCAGCUUCGGCUCUUGGCCAACUCUUUUCUUAUUUAAACACAUUGUUGAAGCUGUCUCCACGUCGAGACUUUUGCUUUGGCGCGUUGGUGAACUGUUUCGACUUCCACAUCAUCCGGGCAUAUCGAUGCCAAGAAACAGGCGACACUCACUUCGAGACCAUCAUGGCGGACGAUCUGCAGUCGGGCGCCCCCCUUGUGCGACUCCUGACCAUGGAAGCUCAUGAGCUUGGCUUCGUGGACUUGCGCGUGACCAUUCCUGAUAACGAUGGACGGCUGAUGGAUUAUCAUCCACACUGCUUUAUCGGCGAAGGCAGGCACUGCAAGGCUUACAAAGGCUGGUUUCAAGACAAGCCGGCCGUCUUCAAGAUUUUCGAGGACGAAGCCGUCAUGAAGCAGGAGCGUGACAUGCUUAACAAGCUGAAGUUGGCUAAGGUUCGAAACGUGCCUGUCUUCAAGGGUUGCUCGGAAGGGUCCCUCUACUGCUGCGUCGUGACCCCUGUGGGCAAAAAAUUUAUCACGCCUCCCACAAGAAAUGAGCUAUCAAUGCUUUUGGAUGUGCUCAAGGCCGCGCACAAGGCCGGGGUUGUUCAUCGUGACCCACUUCCCCGCAACUAUUUUCGAGUGGAUUCAGCAAUCCUGUUCAACGACUGGGGGUCGGCUGAAGAGAUUUGCAAAGGCCGGCCAGUUUUGCCCGCUGGCUGGCCUUGUGAGCAAGCAGCUGACAUGAUUGACGAGGUUCGUGCCACUUGCUGCAGUGAAUGUGGGAAGAAUUGCAGUGUGCAAGCCCCUUCAUGUUCGACUGGGUGUCGUUUGCAGGGUGAGGUGGUGCCCCAGUUCCGACAGGACCUGGAAAUGUUUGCAAAGGGCAUCUUCUUGCGAAUGAGCGGCUGGCCAAAUGACCUGCAUAGCACUGAUUUUUGGGAAAAGGGUCGCUGGGGAUUUACCUGGCAACCUGUCUUGAACGCUGCGAGCUUGCUACCCGAUUUCAUUACCGAAGAAGAUUCACCCGAAGAUUUUGUGAGAAACCACGAGGGGACAUACGAGAACUUCAGAAACACACUCUUGGAGUACUACGAUCGCCUGCUCCCUGAUGCGCCCUCUUUGCAUAAUGGCAGAAGGCCCUGA